AUGGUAGAUCAACUCCGGCAGUUCGCGCAAGAGGUCACUAAAAUCGCAAAGGAGGUUGGAACCGAUGGAGUCCUUGGCGGACAAGCCACUGUUCACGAUGUUCAAGGGGUUUGGAAAGACCUGACGGAGAGCGUCAAUCAAAUGGCGAUGAACCUUACGACGCAGGUUCGUGAGAUAGCAGAAGUCACAACUGCGGUGGCUGUUGGGGACUUGACCAAGAAGGUCACUGCGAACGUGAAGGGUGAGAUUGCAGACCUGAAAGACACGAUUAAUGGAAUGGUCGAUCGAUUGAACCAGUUUGCUUUCCAGGUCAGCAAGGUGGCGCAGGAAGUCGGGGUCGACGGAACUCUGGGAGGGCAGGCUGUGGUGGUGAACAUUGAAGGAAAAUGGAAGGAUUUGACCAACAACGUCAAUACGAUGGCGCAUAACCUCACUCUCCAGGUAGGCGACUUUGAUUUUAUUGACGAAUGCUCAACCACUGACCCUCUCUUUAGGUACGCGCCAUUUCUCAUGUCACCCAAGCAAUCGCUCGUGGUGAUCUGA